AUUUGUUCAGUAAUAUAUAAAAGUUUUAAAACUUAAAAAGUAUUAUGCAGAAACUUGAUAAGCUUAUACAUUUAAAAAGAAAUUCUAAGAAUGUGAAAAUUGUAUGUGAGCAUUAUUUGCGUAAUGAUAUACCUUGCAAAAAUGUUUUGUGCAACAGUUGUGAGAAGGUGCCAGGUAAAAUGCUUGCAAUUGAAUGCACACAUUACAUUGUACCUGACUGUGAGGUAACACAAGUUUAUUUGGAAGUUCUUGAACUAAAGCCUUUAACUGGAGUAAUAUUCAUGCAAACUGUUUUAAAUUAUAUUCAACAAGUAGGCAAUAAAAAGCAGUAUGAAAAGUUAAAGUUGCUUUUUAAAGAUAUUGACAAAGGAUGUAUUUUGUUUAACAAUGAACAUCAUGAGGGGUGUUACAUAAAGCGCUCAAUAGAUACAAAUAUUGAAAUGUGGAGAAUGUUAAAUAUAUAUAAUGCAGCAAAAUGGUAUCAUAGUCAUUUAAAUGGAGCUGUAUCUGUUGUUAUACUUACAGAAAAUGAGCAGUUUUUAAAAACCUACAGAAGUGAAACACCAGGUGUAUUCGUAAUGACUACAGAAGACUAUUUAAAAGGAUUUUGGCCUAACUUUACAGAAGCACUUGACCUUUAUGACUCUUUAACAUCUUUAGUUGGGUCAGAAACAAAUAUUGGUACUGCAAUAGUUAAAGAUUAUUGUGAAUAUUAUCCUAGACAUGUUCUUGAAGCUGGAAUUAAAUCAGGGAGAUUUGUAAGCAGUUAUUUAAGAGUUAAUAAACAUAACCCUAUUCAAGAAGCUUUUGUAUCCUUACUAGAUUCAAAGGAAACUUCACAAAGUAGUGAUAUCCUAAUUCCUGGUACAGCUCUAAGAAAUAGAGCAGUUGAUGGUGAUUUGGUUGUUGUUGAAUUGUUGCCAAGAGAAAAGUGGCAAGCAAAAGUGACCUCAAUUACUUUAAAUGAUGACAAGACUAUUUUAGAAAAAGAGUCAAAAACAAUGGUAACAGGUUGUGUUGUUGGUAUUCUUCAACGGAAUUUUAGAGACUAUGUAGUAUCUAUUCCAGAAAGUGAAUUUUUAUCUAAUUUUACUGGUGGAAGGCUGCUUACUGUACCUUGGGACAUUAGAAUUCCCAAGAUUCGCAUUUGUACCCAUCAAGUUAACAAAUUAAAAGAUAAGAGGUUUGUUGUGAGAAUUGAUAGUUGGGAUGUAAGUUCUCUUUAUCCAAAUGGUCAUUUUGUAAAAGUUUUAGGAAACAUUGGUGAUGUUGAGGCUGAGAUAGCCACCAUCCUUGUUGAACAUGGGUUUUUAUUAGCACCUUUUAGUGAUCAAAUUAUGAAGGAAAUGCCUAAUAAUACUAAUGAAGAUCCCUGGAAAAUUACAGAACAUGAGCUUUUGAUUCGAAGAGAUCUACGGAAUUCUCAUCUAGUAUUUAGCAUUGAUCCGAAAGAUUGUGAAGAUGUUGAUGACACUCUGUCUGUUAGGGUGCUAGAUAGUGAAACAAUUGAGCUGGGUGUUCACAUUGCUGAUGUAUCUCAUUUUGUUAAACCAAACAGUUUCACUGAUAUUGAGGCUCAAUCAAGAUCAACUACUGUGUAUUUAGCUGAUAGGCGUUAUGAUAUGUUACCUUCAAUACUUAGUGCUGAUUUGUGCUCUCUAAUCAGUGGAGUUGAUAGAUAUGCUGUGAGUGUGAUUUGGAAAUUAAACAAAUGUUUUGAAGUUGUUGAUGUAUGGUAUGGACGAAGCAUUAUUAAAUCAAAGUAUAAACUUUACUAUGAAGCUGCCCAAACAAUUAUUGAUGAUCAGCUACACAUAGAAGAACUUCCUAAUAUCAUUCCAGAGUUUAAAAAUAUUGAUUCUGUAAAAUUAAAAAAUUGUUACAAUGAACUUCAAAAAUCUCUAUGUUUACUUAUGAAGAUUGCUCGUAACUUAAAAAUGAAAAGGUCAACCAAAGGAGCUGUUGAUCUUGAAUCCAGUGAAAUUCAGAUAACAGUCAAUAAUGCUAAGCAAGUAAACGGAUUAGAACAAAAAAAGAAACUAGAAAUUCAUGAGGUAAUAGCUGAAUGCAUGAUAUUUGCAAAUCACUGGGUAGCUAAGAAACUGUUGAAUUCAUUUAAAUCAAACUCAUUGCUGAGAUGUCAUCCACCACCUUAUCAAGAGUAUUUUGGAUCAUUAAAAGAUUUUGCAAAAGCUGCUGGAUUUGAACUUGAUACAUCAUCAAACAAAAGUCUUGCAAACUCCUUAGAUGUAUGCACAAUGAAAGAUCCUAACAUUAACAAGGUUUUCAGAAUGCUUGCUACACAAGCUAUGAAUGUAGCUUCUUACUUUUCUACUGGAUCGUUAGCUGCAGAAAAAUAUUAUCAUUAUGGACUUGCGUUGGAUGUAUACACACAUUUUACUUCUCCUAUUAGAAGAUAUGCUGAUGUUUUGGUUCAUCGUUUAUUGUUAGCUUCUGUAAAUGAAUCAUCUAGUGAUCAAAAUCUUCUUGGCAAUAACGAUCUGCAAUCAAUCUGUGAUUAUAUGAACAUAAAACAUCGGGAAGCUGAUCAUGCUCAGAAAGCAUCAGUACAGUUUUUCCUCAGCCAAUACUUUAAAAGCAACCAGUCAGAUGAUAAUAUUUGUCUUGCAGAUGCUUUGGUUUAUAAUUUGCGUUCUAAUGGUGUACUUGUAUUUGUUCCCAGAUAUGGUAUAAAAGGUGUAGUCCUCCUCAGAAACAAAGUUGGAGAUGUUGCAUAUGAAGAUUCUCUGUCAGGAUGCAUUGUUUACAAGCCUGGCUCAUUAUCUACAUCAAAUGACAGAAUCACUAUUCGAUGUAAUAACAGUUCUCGUGAUGUGACUUUAUUUAGUUACUUAAAAAUCCGCAUUUGUGUGAACUCCUCUAGAGUUCAUUUAGAGGCAUUAAAUUUUGAACUGUUAUCUUUUUUAUCAAAUGUUAAAUUUGACAUUGAUACUACUAAAGUUGAUCGAGCAGAUAUAAUUAAGGAUGUCAAAGAUAUUGAAGCCGUGAAAAACGAAUCCAUUUUGUUGCAAAAAAAUAAUUUAAAUGAGCAUUUAAAGAAAACAUACGGACAGACGCAUAAAAGCGUCAGUCUUUACGAGAUGUUUCGAAGUUUUAAACAAAUAUCAUUAUAUGAAAGAACUUUGAAUGUUUAAAGUUUGAGUGAAAUGGUGUAUCUGACGUAAUACAACUGACAUCUAUGUAACAAACGUAAUAUUAUCGUAAAUUAACAAUUUGUAGACGAUCUCCUGAAAUUAUCCCAACUAUACAACUAUUGUUUACAAGAUGUCUAGACGACGCCUUGUGAAGUCCACAAGACUUCCAGCGGACGUUCUGUGUCCGCUGAGAUAGAGCUUGACAGUGUUAAAAUUCUUACGUUUGUUUAUUAAAAGUCUAUAAAGAUAUUCUUUGAA